GGGUGCAGAUGGGCUCUAGAAGUCUCCGGAAUAGGGGACAGUUUGUAAUUAUUAACUCGUCGCAUAACAACAUUCCGACGAGAGCCGUAUCUCUCUCUGCGACGAAACCUUGCGGCACACACGCGACAAAGUUUGAACGAUUCAUAUUCCCCCCGCAAAUUCCAGCUGCGCGCGAGGCGGAAACGCGAAACGGCUUUUUCAUCUUCCACGGACGGAGCGCAGCGGGUUUCACAAGAGCUUCGGACUUGUUCAUUUUUCACGAUGGGCGCGGGAAUGUCAUGGUUGACCAACUUGGUCUGGGCAAAGAAGGAGAUUAGAAUCUUGAUCCUGGGCUUGGACAAUGCUGGCAAAACGACGCUUUUAUACAGACUGAAGAUUGGAGAAGUUGUCACGACCAUACCGACGAUCGGCUUCAACGUCGAAUCAGUCACGUACAAGAAUCUCAACUUCAAUGUCUGGGAUCUGGGUGGUCAGACUAGCAUCAGACCGUACUGGCGGUGUUACUAUGCCAACACCGCUGCCGUCAUUUUCGUCGUCGACUCGACCGACAUCGACCGGUUACAAACGGCCGCAGAGGAGCUGUCGGCCAUGCUGAACGAAGAAGAGCUCAAGGACGCGGCGCUGCUGGUGUUUGCCAACAAGCAGGACCAGCCCGGCGCCAAGGGAGCGGGCGAGAUCUCAGAAGCGCUGCAGCUGGGCGAGCUGCGGGACAGGAAUUGGAGCAUCAUGGCCUGCUCGGCGGUCGAUGGCAGUGGUGUGAAUGAGGGCAUGGAUUGGCUAGUGCAAACCGUGAACCAGGACAACUAAAACACGAGACUCUACGAAACAAAUAACGAACGCAUGAAGGGGGCUCAAUCAGCCUUCCUUCUUCAUUACCGAAACGCAACUUGUACAACAAACGAUAGGAUUAUGGCAACGACGGCCGGGUUUCGUCGUACCCAAGCGGCCAACGCUAUAUUGGGACAGGGAGAAGGAUAUGCAAGGAAUACCACACCUGCCUAUAUAAUAGGCGGAUGAUAGCCUUGGAAGGGGGGCAAAGCGUACGGACGGCGGCACAAUAUGAAGGUUACUACCAUUUAAUUUUAGACUUGGGAUACGCGUUAGUAUCCUGUUUCGAUUCUCAACAUUUAUCUC